AUAUUAUGAUGUAGUAUUAAAUAAUAGCAAUUUAAAAAUGACAAUGCACAUAUUUUUUUUACUAUAUAAAUAAUUGAGCAAGUUAUUUUAAAAAGUUAUCAACAAAAGAAAAAAAAAAAUGAAAAUUUACUUAUUAUCACCGUACAACGUGCGAGUACUAAUCUAGUAAACAUCAAUUCUAAACUCAAAGUAAUACAAGUAGUAGUUUGUAACCAGUUCCAAAUCAGUCAAGUUCAACUAUAAAAAGAAAAAAAAAAAAAAAAAAACAAAAGUCCAAAACAACCCGAGAAAUGAGGCGAACCUCAGUAACAACAAUCACUCUCCACCUCCAAUCACCAAGACCCACACUCAUGACUUUCAACACUUCAUCAUUUAUUACCAUCAUCAUUAACGGUAACCGUAACAAACCGUAACGGUUACAUUUCCACCCCUCCCACCGUUACAUCUCAUCCAACACUUUCAUUUACCCUUCACUAAAAUAAAACGGAUCUUCUAUUCUUCCUCACCCCAAAACUAACGUCGUCUCACGUCGUCACAUUCUCAUCCCCACCUUUAAUUUUUUUCUCUCUCCUAAAAAAUUCUUUUCUCUCUCUAAAAAUGGCCGACGAUUUCUCUCUCCUCACCGCUGCCGCCGACGACCACCACAACCACCACCAGUCCAACUCCCAUCACCAUUAUUUACACCCGAAAUUACCCUCCACCGCCGCCGCCUCGGAGGUCUCAAACGACGUCGUUAAGAUCUCCGGCGCCGAUGGAAGCUCCGACAACGGCGUUGUUUACGAGGUCACGUAUGAACCGUCGGAGUUCGAGUCGGUUCCGGAUCUUGAGUUGGAUCCGAAUCCGAACAAUUCGUCGAUUAACAUUAUGACUGAAUCCGCGGAGAAAAGGAAGGAAAUUGACAGGGAUGACGUCAGCGAAGGGAGUUAUAAAAAGACGAAGACGACGGCGGAGAUCGCCGGCGCCGGCGAGUAUAGGAAAGAUCGAGAAGAGUGGAGUGAUACGGCGAUAGAGUGUUUGCUAGAUGCGUACACGGAGAAGUAUACGCAGCUGAAUAGGGGGAAUUUGAGGGGGAGAGAUUGGGAGGAAGUGGCGGUGAUUGUGAGUGAGAGGUGUGAGAAUCAGCAUAAGAGUGUUGAGCAGUGUAAGAAUAAGGUGGAUAAUUUGAAGAAGAGGUAUAAGUUGGAGAGGCAUAGGAUGAGUAGUGCCGGUGUUGCGGUUAGCCAUUGGCCGUGGUUUAAGAAGAUGGAGGCGAUUGUGGGGAAUUCGGUGUCAUUUAAGUCGGUUUCGGAUGAUGAUAAGGUUAGUGGCUCUAGUGGGAGUGCUACUAGGCAGCAGAAGAGAUAUUCUGUGGGAACACCAGGCUCGCUUGGUCAGGUCAAUAACAUGAAGUCAAAAUCAAUACCUAAUACGAAAUGGCAGAGAGUUGUUUUUAAGAUCAGUGGUGCUGCUUUAGCUGGCAACGGUCCUCAUAACAUUGACCCUAAGGUGGUAAUGCUAAUUGCUAGAGAGGUUACUGUGGCUUGUCGCCUUGGAGUUCAGGUAGCAAUUGUGAUUGGUGGGCGUAACUUUUUCUGCGGGGAUACCUGGAUAACUGCAACCGGUGCUGACAGAUCUACCACAUAUCAUAUUGGUAUGAUGGCAACUGUGAUGAACUCAGUGUUGCUCCAGUCAGCCUUAGAGAAGAUGGGUGUUCAGACACGUUUACAAACUGCUUUUGCAAUGUCAGAGGUGGGUGAGCCAUACAAUAGACAAAAGGCAAUCAGACAUCUAGAGAAAGGCAGAGUGGUGAUCUUCGGUGGAGUUGGUGGUGGUUCAGGAAAUCCUCUCUUUUCAACUGACACAACAGCAGCUUUACGAGCAACUGACCUUGAUGCCCAGGCAGUUCUCAAAGGCACCAAUGUUGAUGUUGUUUAUGACUGUAAUUCAAGUGGCGUUACAUUUGAGCACAUAUCCUUCAGAGAAGCUGCUUCCCGAGGCCCCUCAUCUAUGGGCGUGAUGGCAUUGACAUUCUGUGAAGAGAAUGCUAUUCCUGUUGUGAUUUUCAACUUUCUUGAACCUGGUAACAUAUCGAGAGCCCUUUGUGGUGAACAAAUUGGUACAUUAAUUGAUCAGACGGGAAUGAUUAGCUAACAUCUAUAACAUGAUAUGUAUUUUUCCUCAUUACUUGUUGUAGCUUCUGUUUGUAAGUAUAUAUAUAUAGUCGGAAACCAAACCACAAGCCUCUGCCCACUCUCAUCUAUGCUGGGGUGAUCUUGGUUAUGUAAAAUGCUUGAAGCUACAGUAGAUGACUGCUGUAUUUAGGGAUGGAGCAAAUUUUUUGUUGAUGUACUAAUAACUUAUCAUCCUUGACCUUGACAUACAACUUGGGAGGCUGGAGCUUGGGAGGCUGCCGCCUACUAAAUUAUGAACCAUAGUAAUCAUGGUUACUAAUGCUUCAUUUACGGCAGGCUGAACAGCAAGGUAUAUUAACUCCUGUAGAAUAUUUCCUUCCCCCUGCCUGUAAUUUUGUGGCGUAUCUGUAUUUAUCAAUUAUACUUAGUAUAGGUAUUGUGGGGGACUCGUAAUGUUGUAGUUCGGCGAUGUAUAAGUCAAAAUUUUGUAACUAAUAAAGCUUCACAGUUUUCCUGUUUAUGGCAACAAUACAGUUUAUUUGUGGGGGGUGGAUAGGAUAUGGAAGUACUUGGUAUAUUUUACGGGUCGAAGAACUAAAGAUCUGUUUAUGACCUUUUUCAAGAUUCAAUUGUAAAGGAAGAUGGCAUUUUUUGUAUCAACUAUUUUUGCACAAAUGCUGUUUUGCUGUUCA